AUGUUGCAGUUUAACAAGUCGGGGGACCGAAUCCCAUUCCUGGGCAAUGCUAGCAACUCCCGCGGUCGCCGGUCCGUAAGAAGCACCAUGGACCUGCUGAAUUCCGCCAACGAGCCACAUGGCGCCGACAAUGGCCUGCCUUCGACUGCCUCCAUGCCACAGUCCCCAUCGCCGGACAUGGCCGCCCAGAGUGCCACUACUGCCACUACUUCUGCCACUACCACCUCCACUACCACUGCCACUACACCUCCCACUACCACUCCUCCCGUUCCCACUUCUGCUUCUACCGCUGCCGCCAGCGGGUCCAGUUUCCCUCAAUUCUCUGCCUCCACGGCGGCCAUACUCGAGCGUCUGCAGGGCAACGGAGGACAUGCGUCCAGACAUGCUGCCCUCGAAGCCAAGCGGGCGGAAAUCCUACAAAAGUACGUGACCAGCGACAAACUACCUACGCCUCCGCCCAUGCCCACCACGGGCCGCCGAGGACGAGGCGGCAGAGUCGGGACUCCGAGUGGCCUCAAGACCGAAGUAGGCGCAUCGCCCACGGGGAACUCGUCUGGGCGGGGCUCUGGGCGCGGCCGAGGACGAGGAAGGGGUCGUGGUAGUGGUAAUGGCAGAGGGGGAGGCAGAGGCAGAGGCAGCAAGAGGAAGCGAUCUGACAGUGAAGAGGAGAGUGAUCACGACGACGAUGAUUCUGACAUGUCCUCCUCGCACACCCCCCUCCCAACGCGCACCAAGUCUGGUCGCAGCAUCCACAAGCCUGUCGUCUUUGUGCCCACCAUCCCCGAGCCAGCACAGGGUGUCAAGCGGCGAAGGUCCACAAAGACAAUGCUGGCUGCAAAUAUUCUGUGA